GCCCGGGGCCCGCGAUACCUUCUUAGCGAAAGGCUCUGCUAAUCUGGACAAGUUAAAGGACCUCUGCAAGGAAGGGAAAGAACAUCCUUCCACGCUUUUUCAGCUCUAUACCCAGGCUGUCCUAGACAUUACAUAUUUUGAGGAAAACCAGCUUGUGGAUGAAGAUUUUCCAGAAGAAUCUGCCUUGCAAAAACUUAAAGAACUUAUUUCUGUUCUUUCAGAACCAGAAGACCUAGUGAGGGAAUGCGGCAUAAAAGAACCCAUCAACAUCCUUGGAGCAGAGUUGUUAGAAUGUCUUUACUGGAGGAAAGGAGCCCUGCUUUACAUGUAUUGCCACACAGCAAAAGAAAGGAGUGAAUGGCUACAAGAAAACAUUGCCACAUUUAAAAAGUGUCUUAAUGAUGGAGUUCAGUACUUGAUGAAGAUGCUUAGCUUUAGAUGCCCUCUUCAGCUAGAUGAAGAUAUCUCACUUCAAGAUAAAGACACAGCUAGAUUACUCAGUGAAGGUAUAUUUAGUGACACUCACUUGCUGGCAAUGAUGUACAGUGGAGAAAUGUGCUACUGGGGACUGAAACACUGUGGAGAAGGGAAAGAAAGCCUUGAGUCAAUAGAUCCUGUGUCUAACAGUGACCUGGGCAGCAGAUCACAGAGCAUAUCACUGGAUUUCCAAGAAACAGGGAGACUCAUGUUAACAAAGUAUGUGGCCGUAUGUGAGGGACCCUUAAAAGGUCAAGGGUGGAACACAACAACUGCAAAACAAAUGCUGCAUUACUUCCUGAAAUCCCACGACUAAGAUCCACUGCAUUGUCUUUGCCAGAAGCAAACUUGUGGCACAGGAGCGCACUCUUCGUCACUGACUUCCUUUCUUUUUCUUUUUCCCAACCGAAAUGUACACUUCUGUUGCAUUAAAAGCACGCAGUCAAGGACUCCCGGA